AUGAGCCACCAACGAUACCCUUCCCACGAUCCCCUCAAGGAGCCACACUCCAUCUCCCUCAAGGUCCUCAGGCUCUCCCGACCCUCCUUGGUAACCCAGCACCCUCUUCCCCCGACAGCCAAGCCCUCAAACCAAGCCUACCACCACCAAUCACCACCAAACCCCGUCCCGGCCUCCCUCGCCUACACCACCAAGACCACCACCCACCAACCCGACACAAACCCCACCCCCUUCCUCCUCAGCCCCGUCCUCAACCUGCCCCCAUCCUUCGGCUCCGCCUACGUAGGCGAGACCUUCUCCUGCACGCUAUGCGCCAACCACGAGACAGACCCCGACGCCCUCCCCCCAUCCUCCUCCGCCCCAGCGAGCAGGAAAUCCAUCCGCGACGUCCGCAUCGAGGCCGAGAUGAAGACCCCAUCCUCCUCCUCCGGCGGCGCCGGCAUCAAACUCCCCCUCUUCCCUCCUCCUUCGUCUUCUUCCGCCGGUGCUCACGAGAGCGAGGGAGCAGGCACAGACCUCGACCCCGGCCGCACCCUCCAGCGCAUCGUCCACUUCGACCUCAAGGACGAAGGCAACCACGUCCUGGGCGUGACGGUGUCCUACUACGAGGCCACCGAGACCUCGGGCCGCACGAGGACGUUUCGGAAGCUGUACCAGUUCGUCUGCAAGCCCAGCCUGAUUGUGCGGACCAAGGCCGGCCCGCUGCCUGCGCUGCGGCAGCAGCAGCCGACACCCCCACCAGACAAUGACGACAAUGAAGACGAAGAAGAAGAAGAAAAAAAGAAGGAGGCUGCUGUGGCGGCGGCGGCGGCGGCGGCAGCAGUAGCGAGCCGGAGGCGGUGGGUCCUCGAGGCCCAGCUCGAGAACUGCUCCGAGGACACCAUGCAGCUGGAGCGCGUGGUCCUGGAGCUCGAACCGGGCCUGCGCUACCGCGACUGCAACUGGGAGGCGAGUGGGGCCCCCAAGCCCGUGCUGCACCCUUCCGAGGUGGAGCAGGUGUGUUUUGUGAUCGAGGAGGAGGACGAGGAGGACGAGGAGGGGGGACGUCAAGCGGUGCGGGAGGAGGAAGGGCGGAUCUUGUUUGGGACGUUGGGAAUCGGAUGGCGGGGGGAGAUGGGGAGUCGAGGCUGGCUUGCGACGGGCAAGUUGGGCACCAGACAUCUUUGA